CUUGAAGUUUGCUGUGAUUGCAGGAAGGUGUUGGUGAGAGUGUACCGUCACUUCAAGUUCGUGCGGGAUGCCCCCAUCGGAGACGCCGUCCUCUCCCUCUCCAAAACAGACCUUCAGUUAGGAUUCUCAUCCAUACCCAUUCUAGCCCACAACCCCUCGCUAGACGACCCGUUGGGUGAGAUAAGCGUCACUCUACGGUACAAUGCCAACACUCAGAAACUGGGCGUGACCAUAAUCGAGUGCAAGGACUUGAAGCCCAGCUUCGGGGGAUCAACAGAUCCCUAUGUGAAGUUGACGAUGAAGAUGGGCAACAAGAUUGUGAGGAAAGACAAGUCAGACGAACUGAAGAAGACGAGGAGUCCCUACUUCAACGAGGUCUUCUCUUAUAAGAUCCCCCCGAACAAAAUGGGGCUGGUCGAUCUUCUCAUUCAGGUCAAAAACCGAGACUUGUUCGGGUCCAGUCACGAGAUAGGGGCGGUGAGGUUUGGGGUGGAGCCGGACAGUGAGAAGGCGGAGAGACAGUGGGAGGCGAUGAUCACACACCUGCGCAAGCCACAGACACAGUGGCACUACCUGCUACCCUCCCAGAAUUAGAACAUAUGAACAAAGAAAAGAAAAAGAAGAAAACAUUUUAAAAUUAUAUAGGAGAGAGUAAGUCAGCAACUCAUUCAUAGCUACAAUAGAAGCAUACUCUUUUUGCAAAAUGUAGACAAGGAGAUCAGCUAUUGGACUCAUUAUAAAUUUGAAUCUUGCAAACGGUGAAAUUUUGUAAAUGAAAACAUGAAAAUUUAAA